AUGUCUGAUUAUGUUGUUGAGACCUCCAUUAUCCACCUCCCAGAUGAUUGUCUUUCCUUCAUCUUCCAACGACUUAACAAUGUUGAUGAUCAUGACUCAUUCGGCUUGACAUGUCAUCGCUGGCUCAACAUCCAAAACAUAAACCACCGAUCUCUACAGUUCCAGUGUUCAUACACUCUCCUCAACCCUUCAACUCUCUCUCAGAGGAGUCCUGAUAUAAGUUCCAAUCAUCUCCAUAGGCUUCUCACUCGGUUUCAAUGGUUGGAGCAUCUCUCCCUCUCUGGUUGCACGGUGCUGGAUGAUUCGAGCCUGGCUUCUCUCAGGUAUCCAGGAGAAAGACUGCACAGUCUUUACUUGGAUUGUUGCGUUAGUGUUUCUGAUAACGGCAUCUCCACAGUUGCUAGCUUUUGUCCCAGUCUAACAGUCGUUAGUCUCUACCGAUGCAACGUCACUGACAUUGGGUUGGAAGCAUUAGCCAGAGCUUCCUUGCCUUUGCAACGCGUGAACCUCUCUCAUUGCCAUCUGGUUUCUGAUGUUGGUGUAAAAGCAUUGUCACAAGCAUGCUUGCAGCUUGAGUCUGUGAAAAUCUCAAACUGCAAUAACAUAACCGGUGUUGGCUUUGAUGGCUGUUCCCCAACUCUAGGCUAUGUGGAUGCAGAACUUUGUGAGCUUGAGCCUGAGGGUAUAGAGGGGAUCAUUAGCGGAGGCGGCAUCGAGUUUCUAAACAUUUCAGGUGCAAGCAAAGAUGGGUUGUUAGCUAUUAGAUCCGGUCUUGCAUCAAAACUUAGGAUCUUGAACCUGAGGAUGUGCAGAACGGUUGGUGACGAAGCCAUCAAAGCUAUAGCGAAAGGUUGUCCGUUGCUUCAAGAGUGGAACUUGGCUCUGUGUCAUGGAGUUAAAGUUUCUGGAUGGGAAGCUGUAGGGAAGUGGUGCUGCAACUUGGAGAAACUCCAUGUGAACCGUUGUAGGAACUUGUGUGAUCAAGGUUUGUUUGCCAUCAGAAGCGGUUGCAAGAAUCUCCGGACUCUUUACAUGAGUGGGAAUCUGAGGCUGACCUCAACAGCUAUUGAGAUGUUCAAACUACACAGAGCCGAUGUAGCACUCGAGAGAGAUGAAGUGAUGGUGAUAGGACCUGACUGGAGACUCUAUGCACGAGGAUGA